CGGCGCCGGCCCAAAAGGCGGAGUCGCCAGGCGAAGGGGCCAGAGCUGUGAGCGCGGUGCUGACUGUGCCUUGGAGAAGCCAGCGGGAGCCCAGACCCCGAGGAGCCCCUCGUACCCGCCCGGCCUAGCCUGGCCCCGCGCCAUGGAGUUCCUCUGGGCCCCUUUCUUGGGUCUGUGCUGCAGUCUGGCUGCUGCUGACCGCCACACCGUCUUCUGGAACAGUUCAAAUCCCAAGUUUCGGGAUGAGGACUACACAGUACAUGUGCAGCUGAAUGACUACCUGGACAUUGUCUGUCCACAUUAUGAGGAUGACUCUGUGGCAGAAGCUGCUAUGGAGCAGUACACACUGUACCUGGUGGAGCAUGAGGAGUAUGUAGUAUGCCAGCCCCGACCCAAGGACCCAGUUCGCUGGCAGUGCAACAAGCCCAAUGCCAAGCAUGGCCCAGAGAAGCUGACUGAGAAGAUCCAGCGCUUCACACCUUUCAUCCUGAGCAAGGAAUUCAAGGAAGGACACAGCUACUACUACAUCUCCAAACCCAUCCACCACCAAGAAAACCAGUGCUUGAAGUUGAAGGUGACUGUCAACGGCAAAAUAACUCACAGUCCUCAGGCCCAUGCCAAUUCACAGGAGAAGAGACUUCAAGCAGAUGACUCAGAGGUACAGGUUCUACAUAGUAUUGGUCACAGUGCUGCCCCCCGCCUCUUCCCACUUGCCUGGGCUGUGUUGCUCCUGCCACUUUUGCUGCUGCAAACCCAGUGAAGGUGUACACAUCUGACUUAAGGAUUGGAACUGGGCUGAGGGAGCAGGGAGGAACAGGCACCACUUACCUGUCCUGGAGCCGGGCCCAAAGCUCUAGCAUUGGGAACCACUCCCACCACAUGCACAAGCUGCCACCCAGCAGCCUCAGAACGGGUCAGUAUUAAGGGUUUCAACCCAAAGGAAGUUGACCAGCGUGACAGUGCCAUCCCUGCCUCCACUUCAGAGGGAUGGAGAAAGAAGUGGGGACAGCCCUUCCUUUGCCAUUCCUGCCUAAGCCAAAGAAACAAGCUGUGUAGACAUGGCCCCUGGAGAGGGUCCAGUGGAAAGUAAGCUGGAAGGGGCCUGAGACCAUGCAGAUGGACAAUGAGCUUGGCAAAGCUGCCUCUCCAGAGAGCCAGGAUCCCCAGAUGAACUGACUGAAGGAAAAGCAAGAGACAGUUUCCUCAUAGGAGCCAGGUACAGGAGAGGUGGCAUGCUUGGGCUGACCCAGCAUCUCCCGGCAAGACUUCCAUCUGUGGAGCUGCCACAGAGGUUUGUAGCCAGGCACUGCAUAUUCUCCCCAUCCUGGGACAGCACUCCCUGGAGCUGUGCCAGCAGGUGGGCUGUGCCAACCUGUUCUUAAGAGUAUAGCUGUAAGGGCAGUGCCCGUAUGUACAGACUGCCUAGAGUGUAGCCUAAAGGGCAGGGCCCACAUGUACAGUACCUGUAUAUAAACUGUAUGUCUGCUGAUUUCUACAA